AUGCUCCGCCCCAACCCCACCUCUGCUCAAACCACUCUCAAGCCCCUCCGCUCCUCCCUGCUGCACUGGGGGCAGUCAGCAGGCAUGAAGGGCGGAGGAACGGGGGAAGGGGAUAGGGGGGGAGGAAGGGGAGAGUACUGGGGGGGAGAGUGGGGGGAGUUGGAGCAGGCUAUUCAGGGGGGAAAAAGAGGCAAGGGUAGCAGCAGUGGGCAUUUGUGGGGAACUGGUAGGAGUGGUAGCAGGAGCAGCAGCAGCGGCGGAGGCGGGCAGAAGGUGUAUCUGCUACGGUGCACGGAGGGGCAUGUGGACCCGGCUGUGGUGCACACCGGCAUUGCCACUCCCACCACUGACAUGUACAUGUGGGGCUUUAACCUUCCUUCCUCCACCCUGCGUUCACCAGUGUGGACUGCUGCUGCUACAGCUGAUCACUCCUCCCCCGCUUGUUGGACGGUUGCUGCUACAACUGCUCACUCCUCCCCCGCUUGUUGGAUUGCUGCUGCUACAGCUGCUCACUCCUCCCCCGCAUGUUGGACUGCUGCUGCUACAGCUGCUCACCCCCCUGCCCCUUCCCUGUCUGCCCAUCCCCCCGCCAGUGUGGGAGUGAUGCUGCUACAGCUGCUCACAGGGUGGGCAGGUGCAGUGGAUGGGCAGCGCACACACAUCUAUCGCUGGGUGCGUGAGCGGGGUUCUGCCAGUCAGGCCCAGCAGCACCUAACAGCCGGCGACAUCUCUCCUCUCAUGGACCCCCUGCUACCGCAACCUCUGCCCCCUCCCGCCCUCAUCCUCCCCCUCUUCCGCCUCGCCCUCGCCUGCUCCUCCCCCUCCCCCUCCGCCCUCCCCACCCCCUCCUCCGCCCUCACCACUCUCAGGCCCCUCCGCUCCUCUCUGCUGCUCUAG